AUGAUAAUAAUCUUCAUUUUAAUAUCUAUAACUCGUCAGACUAUAAUUUAUGAGUUUAAUGCUAAUUCUUAAACAAAAGAUGGUAAUUUCUUUAUUUAUAUUAGGAUGGGAAGGUAGUUCUAAUUUCGAUACCUGUGUCUUCUAUUAUAGUAGGAUUUUUUUAGAUCUAGAACCUCAUUCUCAUAUUACAGUGAAUGCCCAAUUUAUAAGGUAUUUAAUAUACUUAAUAACAAAAGCAUUGAUAGCAAUCCUCCAACUUAAUUCUACAUAGACUCAAAAAUAUAAAUAAUGUGUAAGUGAUAUCAUCUUAAAUUACGAUGUGCGGCGGUGCCUAAUCUCAUAUUCAAACUAUUUCUAUUACAAAUUAACAUAACAGAAGAACUCUGUGGAUAUCUAUUAAUUAGCAGCCUGGAGGAUUAAUAUCAUUAAAAUUAAGUAUCAUAAAAUGUUUGUUUGAAACUGCUGGAUGCAUAGAUAAUUAUCAUACAAUGUUGGAUUUAAGAUGAAUUUCUAGAAAACUGUCAUCCAGUUUGUGGAGAUGGAAUCAUUCAAGGUUAAGAAUAAUGUGAUUAUCUAAUAUCUAAUCAUUCUUGUAUUCAAUGCAAAUAUUCUUGUGUUGAAAAUUGUUAAAUUUGUUAAUUUGGAAUUUGUUUAUAAUGCAUAGAUGGAUUUAUAAUUAAUUCAAAUUUUAAUUGCGAUCCUUUUUGUGGAGAUGGCAAUUUGAUCCCAUAUUCAGUUGAAUAAUGUGAACUGACUGUUAAUGGUGUAUGGGAUGGUUGUUUGGAUUGCAGAUUUAUUUCAAUCGCUAAUUGUAAAACUAACUAUUUUUCAAUUUGCUUAGAGUGA